AUGUUCAAGCCGGAGGUCGACCGUCACAACUGGAGCUGGUCCGAAUGGGACUCUCCCUCCCGAGAACUCGAGGAUGUCUCACACGAGACAGACGACUGGCCAGUUAGAGAUCCGCUCGCUGCUCUGCCCCCGAAACUUAGGGAGCAAAUCAGGGCCAUUCUCGCAAUGAAGCCGCGGAGCCCGACAAAUCUCAUCAACAUAACAGAAACCGGCACAUAUAACAAAUCCAGCAACAGCGUGCUGGAGGAUGCAUGCCUCAAGCUGGCCGACUUGCCUUCACCGGUAUUCCCGUCUGGCGAACCGACCCGUCCGGAAUCUCCCGAGUCCUCUUCUUGGAUUGAUGUGGAUGCCCGGCCGUGGCCCGACCACCUGCAAAAAAUGUGGAUCGACAGCGAGAAGACCCGGGCAUACGAGAAGAAGGGCCAACAAGCCGAGGACUGCGCGGAGGAGUCGCCGGCUGACCCUUCUCCUCCGAGUCCGGCCGCGUCGAGCCUGACCGCAUCCAGCGUCCUCGUGGUGAACGCGCCCAUGCCGGAUCCGUUCAUGCCCGCGCUGUCGGCAGACGGCGCCGCGUCGGACCGCCCGCACUCAUCAACCUCGACGUCGCGCUGGGUCGACCUGGGCGGGCUGCGCCGGUGGAACCGGGCGACGCUGGCGCCGACCGUCACUCUUCGAAAUUCAAAUCGGUACUUUGGCUGCUGA